AUGUUUGUUCUCAUCUGGGCAGCUCUGCUUUUCUCUGUGAGAGGCUCAUUUGCAUUAACAGGUACCUCAGUGUGGGGAAAUCCAUAUUGUAAAGAUGAAUACUGUGUUACUCUUAAUGAGCGACAACCAACAGCAGAGGCUGGACUCUGUGUUGUGAUCCCGUGUUCCUUCAUGACUGCUGCUCGGUUUUAACCCCAACAUUUAGUUUGGUACAAAUGUGAAGCAAAAAAACCCAAAUGUCCUAAUCCUUUCAUGAUAUUUCACACCAACAAACAGCAUUUAAAUCAGUCUGGAUAUGAAGGACGAGUGUCACUUUUGGAGCCUGAUGUGAGACAGAACAACUGCAGCAUCAUCAUUAAUGAUCUGAAACGGUCUGAUUCUGGAUUGUAUCAGCUCAGAGUUAAUGGUGAACUGAAGAGGGAACAAGAUGGAUUUACAUUCAUUCCUAAAGUAAAUGUCUCUGUUAAAGGUCUUAAACAGAAGCCCACAGUAACGAUUCCCACACUGACAGCAGGACAGUGGGCCAUGACCUGCACUGCUCCUGGUCUCUGCUCUGGAUCUGUACCUCAAAUCAGCUGGACAUGGAGAGGAGCAGGAGGGACUAAAUCUCACAUUACAGGAAACAUCAUCUUUAGGACUAAGAAUACAACUGCUUUCACACAGACACACACCUCAACUUUGACCUUUAAUGCUUUGGCUAAACACCACAACUCCAGAAUCAUCUGCAAGAUCAGCUUCACAGGUGAAACAAACUACAGAGAGAAGUGCAACUUUGAAUAUGUGAAGAAAGUUAAAAUCACUGGGCCUAAAAGUGUGCAGGAGGGUGAGACUCUGAAUCUGACCUGCAGUGUUAAAAGUUUCCCUCCAUCUCUGGUAAUGUGGACUAAAAUUAAUUCUGACAUAAACCUGCACAGUGACUGAUCAGCCUCACUUUUCAUCCAGAAUGUGACAGCAGAACAUUCUGGACUGUACGUCUGCACAGUUAAACAUAUGAACACCCCCCUGAAAGAUAACAUCACUCUAACAGUGCUAUACAGAAGGAAACCUCAGAUCAUUGGGAAUACAGCUGUUAAGAUGGGAGAUGUUCUGAAUCUGACCUGCAGUGUUGAAAGUUUCCCUCCAGCUCUGAUUGUGUGGAAAAAACGUAGCCCCAACACAGACCUUCAAAAUGGAACUUACACUGACCUGCACAGUAACACUGGAUCUGCUACACUUGUCAUUCCAAAUGUGACAGCAGAACAUUCUGGACAGUACAUCUGUACAGCAAAACAUCUGGAUACAAGUGUGAAGUCAUACAUUGAUGUGAUUGUGACUUGGUUUUCAAAGAUCCUCGAUGGCUCCGGAUGUGUGCUUCAGUCAGAGGGUUUGACCUGUGUGUGUAUCAGUGAAGGGCUUCCUUUACCUACCAUCAAAUGGCCGCUGCUGAAACACCACACUGAGUACUCCGUCAUUACCACUGUGACAAACCACACAGUCAACAGCACUGUCAGUCUAACUGUAAGAAACAAUGGCAACAGCUCUGUUGAAUGUGUCAGCAACAAUGGAAAUGGAGAAGCAAAAGAAAACCUCCCAAUCAAAAGAAACUUGGCAGAAAAAAUGGUAACUUUUUCCAACUACGCUGAAAUACCUAAAAUCAUCAUUGCCUUUUUGACUGGGAUACUUCUUACAUCAAGCAUUUGUUGUUUGGGCCCAAAGGUGCACAGGGAAAAGCUCUGGAAAUCGGAUGAGACUUUGGAGAUGCUGACACAUCAAGAUGAUAAUCUGGUAUAUGAUCAGGCAUUACGGGAGAAUCAGACCCUGAACUCUAACAGUGAGCCAAAAGAAGUGGAGUACGCCAACAUUGAUUUUCCGUUGAAUAGAAACAGUGCCAGGGGUGCAAGAAGGAGGCAAGAGAGCACAAAGACAGAGUAUGCUGAAAUUAAGAAGGUCAAAGAAGAACAGGAAAACGAUGUUGGGAGGGGGAGAGAAAUAUCGGAGGGCGAAGAAGAGAAGGUCGUCAUGGAGUUAGAGAUGAAAUGCUGUGAACCAGAAAAGGACGAAGGAGUUGAGGCAGUGUACUCCACUGUGAAUGAUAUAAUGGAAGAAAUUUGA